AUGCCUAGUUUCAGUUUUUCUGGUUCGAAUAAAUCUAACGAAGAUGACUCUAAUGAAUCUUUCUUUAGUGUAGGUGAACGUCUUUCAAUGUUGCCUGGAGUUUUAGAACCAAGAAUUAAUUUAUUUCAAAGUGCAAACAACUCAGCGUAUCAAACACCAAAAGCAGAUUCAUCUAUAAGAGUCAAAGAAGAAGUUACUCCAAAUAGUGAUCAGGAAAAUAAACCAACGAAUGGAAUUGACAAAUCAUUAAUUAAUGAAUUUAAUUAUAAACCUUCUAACGACUUCCAUUCACCUUACAACAAAGGAUCAAGAAUAUUUUCAAGAGUUUCAAAUUUUUUAAAGAACGAAAGAAUAACUGAUCCAAUUGAACAUAAUGCUUCUAUUGCAAGUAUUCAAUCUAAUUUUACUGUCAAUCCCAUGUUUCCUUCUGAUAUUAUGGGUACUGCAUUUGACAAGGCUCGUGCAGAUAUUGAGUUAAUUGUUGAUGAUUUUAAAAAAAAUGUCACCUUGAUUAGAGAAAGGGAUAAUAUACCUACGUGUAAAUGGGAUAUUAAGAAGCAUACAUUAUCAGAAGAGUUUCUUAAACUUCGUGACAGACCAAAAUCAAAACCUUUAAUUCCUAAAAAAGAAGAAACUAACUCUAAUGAUAGAAGUAAAACUCAGAAUAUUGUUAAUUCUUUAUUGACAACCAUUUCACAAGGAGUAAAUAAUCAAGCGACGACUAAUUUUUCAAAUUGUUUACCAGUUUCUCAACCAUUCUUAAAUACUAGCAUUCAUUUCCAACAACAACAAAAUAUUCUUCCUCAAAAUAUAUUAAUUAAUUCAUCUCAACAACAGCAAGUUCCAACAGUGCCAUUUAUUGGUAAUGCUCCUAUACAACAAUUACCAGUACAAACAAAUGAUAAUGAAGUUGAGGUGACAGAAGAACAAAUGGAAGCUGAAGAAGAGGUUGAAAGGAAACUUUUAAGAGCCUUGGAAAGAAUUGCUCGUGUAGAAGGACCGCUUCCAUGA